ACUGUGAGUUCUAAUGAUUAUGGUUCAAUUGGUUUCCUUGCUAAUCAUCAGAGGACGAACGUCGCUCUAACAAGGGCAAGGUACUGCCUCUGGAUUCUCGGGGAUGGCAAAACUUUAAUGAAAAACAACAGUGUCUGGAGGAAAAUAGUUGUUGACGCCAAGGGCAGAGGGUGUUAUUUUAAUGCCGAGGACGAUAAGAGAUUAUCUAAAGUGAUCUUAGAUUCCCUCGUCGAGUGUGGCCAGCUUAAUGAUUUGCUCAGAAUUAAGUCUCUAAUUUUCAAAGGGGCAAGAUGGAAGGUUAUCUUUAAAGAUGACUUUUGGAAGUCAUUUGUAAGAAUCAAAGGUGUUGUGACCCGGAAGGAUGUGGUUGCGAUUUUAAUGAAGCUUGCAACUGGUUGGCGUGAUCGUCCUUCGAGAUCGAGACGGAAAAAACUUGCAAUCACGAACGGUGCAUCUUCACCGUUGUUGAAACAGAACAAUGUAGACGGGUUUUAUAAACUUCUUUGGACUAUAGAUAUUGUCAAGGAAAACAAAAAACACACCCAAGUUAUAAAGAUUUUGAAUGUUCUACCGCAUAUGGAGAUACCCAGAUUAGCUAAGAACCUUGACACCAUCUUUGGGAGUUAUUCAAUCGAGAAAAUGUCGCUUUGUUUCCGACGUUAG